AUGGCCGGGCGGGGGGGCAGCGGGGAGCGCAGCCCCUUACUGGGGGUGGGCCCGGGGCCGCAGGGCCGGGGAGCGGGGCGUGUGGCCGUGCUGGUGGUGGAGGCUCUGGCGGGGGUGGCUUUCUUCAGCACCUCCAGCGGCCUGGGGCUCUACCUCAGCAGCAGCAGCACCCUCGGCUGGGGGGCCGCCCAAGCUUCCCAGGCUGCCGCGUUCUUCCUGGCCGCGUCGGACCUGCUCUCCCCCGUCGGUGGCUGGUUGGCCGACGUCUACCUCGGCCGCUACGGCAGCCUGGUGCUCAGCCUCGCCCUGUGCCUGCUGGUGGGCUGCGUGCUGCCCCUCGCCGCCACGCUGGACGGGCGCCUGUCGCUGUGCGGGCAGCUGCCCGCCGGCACCCUCCGCAACUGCUCCUGGCAGCGCGGGGGGACGUGCCGGGGCCGCCCCCCCGAGCUCUACUGUGCCCCCACCGUCUACACCGGCCUCCUGGUCUUGGCCUUGGGAGUCAGCUCCAUCAAAGCCAACCUCAGCCCCUUCGGGGCCGAGCAGGUGAGGGAGCAGGGUGGUGAUGCCACACGCCGCUUCUUCAACUGGUUCUACUGGAGCACCAACAUUGGGGCUGCCUUCUCCCUGCUGCUGCUGGCCUUUGUCCAGCAGCACGUCAGCUUGCUGGCCAGCUGCCUCAUCCCCGUUGCCUGCCUGGCCUUGGCUCUCCUCAUCUUCCUCCUGGCCACCCCCACCUUCAUCAUCAAGCCCCCCAGAGGCAGCCAGGUCUCUUCUAUGAUCAAGCUGGCCCUGAAGAACUUGGGCUGUGCCUGGCCGGGGGACACCAGGGCCAGCACACAGGAGGCUGAGGACCCUCUCCCCAGCAGCAGAGCCCAGCCUGGAGCCCCUUCACCCGAGGAGGACCUUGCCAACUUCCAGGUGCUGGCCCGGGUGCUGCCUGUGCUGCUGACCUUCAUCCCUUACUGGAUGGUCUACUCGCAGAUCCAGGCAACUUAUCAGCUGCAAGCUCUUCACCUCCACAUCCCCAGCACCUUCCAGCACGCUCCCUACACGGGUGGGCAAAGGGCUUGACCUGCCUCUGCUCCCCAGUUCCCAGCUGCUUGGCUGCUCCUGGCCAACCUGGUGGUCUUGCUGGCCUUGGUGCCCCUGAAGAACCACAUCAUUGACCCCUUCCUCGCCCGGCGCAAGCUGCUGCCCUCAGCGCUCGAGCGGCUGGCCCUGGGCGCCUUCUUCAGCCUCACCUCCAUCCUCACAGCAGGCUUCUUGGAGCGGGAGCGGCUGCGGUACGUGCGGCACAGCCGGGUGGUGCCGCAGCUCCUUGGCGAGGACCUCUACGUGGCUGCCACCUUGCCAGUCUGGUGGCAAGUCCCUCAGCACCUUCUCCUCAGCAUCAGCCAGCUCCUAGUCAGCAUCUCCAGGUUGGAGUUUGCCUGCACCGAGGCCCCCAGGUCCAUGAGGGGAGCCCUUAUGGGGCUCUUCUGCUUCACCUCUGGGCUGGGCUUCCUGCUGGGGGAGGGGCUGCUGGCCCUGCUCUCACAGCCCACCCAUGGGUGGAUGCGCUGCCCAAAGGACCCUGCUGACAUCAACCACUGCCGUCUGGACAACUACUUCUUCCUGCUGGUGGGGAUCCAGCUGGUCAACUGCCUCCUCUUCAUCUGGAUCUCCAAGCACUACAAGAGCCACCCAGCACUGCUGAGUGCCCCACACCCCUCCAUGGGGCCAGAAGAGGACUGAUGUGGUGCCAGGAAGAGUGGCA